AUGACAUUAGUGAAGGACGUGGGCCUCGGCACAAAGGCAGUCUCACUGGUUCGUUUGGUUAAAGCUACACUGACAGCGAGCAGCAGGGAUCACCUACUCCGCUCUGCCGGUGGUCGCACUGCGAGUCGUGGGGCUGCGCGAAGGCGGAAUGAGCCCAUCGGCGAUCGGGGGGGCUCGCGGGCUGCAACUCGCCGCUCUUCAGCAGGUGGUGCAUGCAGAUAACUCGUGUGAAACAAAACAAAUGUGCACUGAGGUUGGAGACGAGCAGAUCUGGUAUAUAUGGUUUUGCCUGGCACUCCUCACUCUACUUGUCCUCUGCUUAGUCCUUCUCUGCUGUAUCCGGACCUGGCUGCUCCGUCAAAACCACCUGGCAGCAACGCGGACCCUCACAGUUCUGGCGCUGAAUGACUCGGAUUCUAUUUAUGUGAGCGAAUCAUCUCAGUUCCCCCACCCUGGCAGCAGGAUUCACUGUCGUCCUUCAGGAGUGAGCACUGUGUACACCGGUACCCAAGACUGUACACUCCCUCCUUCAUAUGAAGAAGUCAUGAAGACUGUCAAGUUGCAGAUCUCCAGUUAUGAAGCUUCUGUGGGUUCUGCUCCGUUGUGGUCGAGUCUUCAACCAAAACCUGUUUAGUUGGACCUGAUACUUCAAAAUGGUGCAGGGGUUACUUCUGCCUCUCAGCUCAAGCCACUUUGACCCAAUCAUGGUCUGCGUGGAGACUGAGUGUUCUCCUUAUGUCCUUGUGGGUUUUAUUCUUCUAGGUUUAUAAGGUCAUUAUUGUCACAUGUACAGAAAAUAGUGAACUUCAUAUUUGCUUGUGCUAAUCAACAUGCAGCACAUUGUCACUCCCCAGUGCCAUGGGUAGUGAAUAUUGGUGCUUAACCUUGAAACUCUGGUUUUCCUUACUUGCAAAAUCAUAAUAUCAGCAUUCUAGGAGAGAACAAAAUAAUUUCACUGAUCUGAGUUACAAAAAUUUGAAAUACUUCUUAUUGGUUGUUGAUGGUUUCCUUGCACGCAUCACUGCUUUUAAAUUGGCCACGUUUAAAUUAUUGUGUAUGAGGAUGUCCUGGCAGACAAGGUUGGUUCCUGCUGGGAUAACAUCUCAUCUCAAUCCAAAAACCAUUUUCAGAAAAUAGAUGAAUGGAUUUGGUCAAUGGUCGUCCCUCCUGGAAGGAACACAAAGCCUUACUUUUAGAUUAAGCACAUUCCUGAAAAGUGUCAAUUUUUUAAAGGAAUGCCAAGCAAAUAAAGAAGUAAGUCGGCCCUGCUUGUGUAUAGAGCCUGUUGAGACGAGAUGCCGUUCCCUGAUGUAGUCAUAAGAUGGCAGAAUUGCACCACUUUGUAGCCUUACCGAGGCGCGCGGUCCUCUUGUUUUACCAGACAGGACGAGGCGCACGAACACUUCUCUCUAAGAGCUGGAAAUUCCCACCAUGUAGAAUCGACUUCACCAGGACUGCAGCUCCCAAACUGAUAAGGAAUGAAAAAUGGAAACACUUAAGCUGAUCGGGGACUGCCGUGUGGCUGACAUUAAAGAUCCAGUGACUUGUGGUGAGGUUCAUGGCUGGUGAGGCACUGACUCCUUUAGAGUCAGAUUUACAAAUAUAUGAACGCAAAAGAGUAGCUUAUUCACAAUUCAACUGGCAGCAUGCACAAUGAUUACUGGUUAUGUUUCAUAUCUCAUCAGCAUACUUUAGUAGUUUUUAAAUAUUGGAUUUUUUUUC